UGACUGAAAUAUUUCUCACCCUGUUCAGCAUGAAUAUGUAGACGAAUGUUUCUAUAGUUUCCUCUCUGCGUUUGCAGAACUGAGAUGGUGAAGGUGAUGUUGACCACAUUCAAACACAACGAUCCAGGCUUUAAAUUCUUCCAGGAGGCCCUCAAGUACCAGAUUGAUGACAUUUCCCCUGAAGAUGGGAUGUAUGAAGAUGAAUGUUAUUACUGGAUACUUAGUAAGCCGAUCCGUCCCAAGAAAGCUUCUGGGGUAAGGCCCGCACCAACGGAAAAGGGGGCUGCCGGGGUCACCACUAAUGGACAUGUGAAUGGCACUGCUGAAGUGAAAUGAUGACAUAGUACAGUUGUAGUAGUUCAAAUAGGUGAAAAUGGAGCAAUGUUUGUUCUAGAAUGAACAAAGACCAUAUUGAGAAGUGGUAAUUAUUAUUUAUACGAAAUUUAAUGACCAUAAAAAACUGUUAUGAGAGAUCAUGUGAUAUUAGUGAUGUGGAAGACAAAAUACUAAGGACCAAACAGUAGUAUUUGAUUGUUAAACAUAUUGUUUUAUCAGAGUGUUAAGAAGGGGAAAGUAAGAAAAAUGAGGUACACACGGGUAAAGAAGUUUUUGAAGGAGGUUCAUAUAAUUCAGCAUGUUAACAAAGUGCCAUUUCUUCCCUUCUAAGAAUGGGUUCCAAUAAGAGACCUGUUCAUAAUGACCAAAAUAUUGUCAUUCUUCAUAUAUACAGUAUACAGUUACAUUUACUUAUAUUAAGUUAUGUAUAAUGCAUGCAUUUAGCUUGUCAUAUAUGUAACAUCUUAACACCAAAGACGUAAUACCUGAUUAUGUGUAUACUUGAAGAAAUAAUCAGUCAUGGACAUAGAAUUUUAAUUUAGGUAAUAUUUCAUUAUACUUGUUUCAAUUAUAUCACCUAAUUAUUGGAUACAACUGUGUCUUAGUGAAUAUUAACUGCUGUAAAAUGAUUCUGUCAGUCAGACAUUGCUUGUAGACAAAGACAAACCAUUGAAUUCUGAUAAAUGAUAUUGGACCCUUGGACCAGAAUUAACUUUCUGUUUAAAAAAGAAUUUG